GCAAUGCUUGUCUAUUCAGCUACAAAAUGAGAAGCAUGCAUGUUAUUCUGCAGCUUAUAUCCAUACUAUGCAGUUUAGAGGUGGCUGCCUCACUUUCGGGGGAAAGCAGAAGCUCUUCAGAAAAAGCUUUCCACAGGGGAACGAGAGAACUGAAUGCUCCAUCUCCAAUAGAUUGUAAGCUGAGCAGCUGGAGUGCAUGGGGACCCUGCGACCCAUGCACCCACCAAAGGUUUCGCUCUAGACAUAUUGAAAGAUUUGGACAAUUUGGUGGAACACCAUGCCUGCAGACCUUAGGAGAGACACAAAGCUGUAUUACCAACCAAGUCUGUCCUGAAGAACCAGACUGUGGUACUGACUUUCAAUGUGAUUCUGGCCGAUGCAUAAAGCGACGACUUGUGUGCAAUGUAGAUAAUGACUGUGGAGACUUUUCUGAUGAAGAUAACUGUGAAUCUGACCCACGCUCACCAUGCCGUAACCAUGAUAUUGUUGUGUCUGAAGUUGGACGGACUGCAGGACAAGGAAUCAAUGUUUUAGGUAUGCAGCCAAUGGCCAGCCCAUUUGACAACGAUUUUUUCAAUGGUCUUUGUGAGAGAGUGCGUGAUGGAAACACAAGGACGUACUACCGCAAGCCAUGGAACGUGGGUGUUCUCAUUUAUGAUACAAAAGCAGAUAAAACCUUCACAUCUGAAUACUACCAUGACCGUCUAAAAAUGUUAAAAGAGGUUUACAUAGAAAAAAUAAAAUACUUUAAUUCUGAUCUCUCUCUGAAAUUCACACCUACUGAAGGAAGUAACAAAAGUGCUUCAGAGGGAAAUUUCAAGUAUUACUAUGCCAAGAAUGCAACUUUAUAUUCUGUCCUGACAAGCUCCAAAGAAAGGAACCAAACCUUUCUGCAUGUAAAAGGAAAGAUUCAGCUGGGAAGAUUCCAAAUGAGGAGUCGUGAUGUGCAUCUCACAGAUAGUUUCCUUGAUGAUCUAAACUUUCUGCCUGCUGAAUAUGAUAAGGGACAAUACUUCAAAUUCCUAGAAGACUAUGGAACUCACUAUGCAGUCUCUGGAACUGUGGGAGGAAAAUAUGAACUUGUGUAUGUGCUGGAUACUUAUGCUAUGUCUCAAAUAGGUAUCACUGUAGAAGAUGUGAAAAGAUGCCUUGGCUAUCAUUUAGGUGUCAAUGUUGCAUAUGAAGACUUAGAAGCCAAGGCUAAUGUUGAUAGUGGUAAAUGUGAAAAGAUUAAUGUGAAGGACCACUCAGAACUUCAGGAUGAUGCUGUAAUUGAUGAUGUCAUUUCUUUAGUUAAUGGAGGGAGGAUUGACUUUUCAGUUAAAAUAAAAGAAAUGUUACUGCGAGGAUCCAAAGUGGUUGAUAUAGAGGACUACAUACAGUGGGCUAAGUCUUUGGUUGAUGCUCCAGUAGUGAUAGAGCAACGGCCUUCUCCUAUACAUACACUUGUUCCAGUUAAGAUGAGAGAUGCAUAUUCAAAGAAACAAAACUUGGAAAGAGCGAUUGACGACUACAUUACUGAAUACAGUGUGUGCAAAUGUGAACCCUGCAAAAAUGGAGGCACCCUUGUGCUGGUAGAUGGAGCUUGCACAUGUAUGUGCUCAAGCUACUUCAAGGGAAUUGCUUGUCAGAUUCCCAGAUCUUCAUUAAUUGAAGUUAUCACUGAUGGAGGCUGGAGCUGUUGGAGUUACUGGUCCACCUGCAUCAAUGGAGAAAGCACUCGAACUCGACAGUGUAAUAAUCCUGCUCCAGGACCUGGUGGCAGAUCAUGCCAGGGAGAAAGUAUUGAAAAACGGCCCUGUGAAUAGUUAUGCUGCUCAAAACCAGGAAACAGUAAUGGAUUCCAAACCAACUCUACAAAUCACAGUUUCUGCUACCCAGCAAGCUACCCAAAAACAAUGGAAUGCCAUGAUUUAAAAGCACCUACAGCUUGAAUGAUCACUAAUUAAAAGCAAGUAAUACACCAAUAAUUCUUAAUAGAGAUGAGCUGAUGCUGUGGGUGUGAUCCAUAUUUUAUUUGGCUAUUAUUAAAGCAUGAUUUAUCUUUAUCUUUAUCAGUCAAUGA